GGGAUUAUAGGUGAGCGCCACGAAGCCCGGCCUCUAAUUAAUUAUCGGUGGUGUAUAAAAAGAACAGACCUUCUUAAUUCGAAUCCCAUCUUCUCCAUUUAUUAUGUGAUUUUGGACAUGUUUGUUCAACUUCUCCUAGACUUUGUUUUCUUUUUACGACAUGGGGAUCAUAAAGCCGGGAUGCAGUUGGGAAUAAAACCGGAUAAAGCUCCCAACGAACCGCAGGUUUCAUAAGAUCAGGGCAGGGACUGGGUAAAAGGUUUCAAAGACUCCUGCACUAUUGGGAAGGACGCUACGGGCGAGUCUAUGUUGCAUGCAGGCGACUCCAUGUUAAAACGAAGUGAACUCCCUGAACCUUCAAGGGAUAAUGCACAACCAUAACGAGAAUAAUUUUUAAAAAUAGAGUUUUCUUCCCUGAAAACUUGGAGAGGUCCAGGAUGCGCGCCAUUCUGUGAUCUAGGUUGACUCUCCACCUCUUCAGUUGGUACCUCCUUUCCCAAAUAGUUUGGAGCACAGCACUCCGGUCUUUGUAAUAACGUACUCCUAAGAGCUGUUCCAGUGGACUCACGCAGGCGCAGGAGACUACACUUCCCAGGAACUCCGGGCCGCGUUGUUCGCUGGUACCUCCUUCUGACUUCCGGUAUUGCUGCGGUCUGUAGGGCCAAUCGGGAGCCUGGAAUUGCUUUCCCGGCGUUCUGAUUGGUGCAUUCGACUAGGCUGCCUGGGUUCAAAAUUUCAACGAUACUGGAUGAGUCCCGCGGCGGGUUGGCUCGCGCUUCGUUGUCAGAUCUGAGGCGAGGCUAGGUUCUUGAUACAUAUUUGCCAGACUUCAAGAUUUCAGAAAAGGGGUGAAAGAGAAGAUUACAACUUUGAGUCAGACCUGUAGGCCUGAUAGACUGAUUAAACCACAGAAGGUGACCUGCUGAGAAAAGUGGUACAAAUACUGGGAAAAACCUGCUCUUCUGCGUUAAGUGGGAGACAAUGUCACAAGUUAAAAGCUCUUAUUCCUAUGAUGCCCCCUCGGAUUUCAUCAAUUUUUCAUCCUUGGAUGAUGAAGGAGAUACUCAAAACAUAGAUUCAUGGUUUGAGGAGAAGGCCAAUUUGGAGAAUAAGUUACUGGGGAAGAAUGGAACUGGAGGGCUUUUUCAGGGCAAAACUCCUUUGAGAAAGGCUAAUCUUCAGCAAGCUAUUGUCACACCUUUGAAACCAGUUGACAACACUUACUACAAAGAGGCAGAAAAAGAAAAUCUUGUGGAACAAUCCAUUCGGUCAAAUGCUUGUUCUUCCCUGGAAGUUGAGGCAGCCGUAUCAAGAAAAACUCCAGCCCAGCUGAGAAGAUCUCUUAGGCUUUCUGCUCAGAAGGAUUUGGAACAGAAAGAAAAGCAUCAUGUAAAAAUGAAAGCCAAGAGAUGUGCCACUCCUGUGAUCAUUGAUGAAAUUCUACCCUCUAAGAAAAUGAAAGUUUCUAACAACAAAAAGAAGCCAGAGGAAGAAGGCAGUGCUCAUCAAGAUACUGCUGAAAAGAAUGCAUCUUCCCCAGAGAAAGCCAAGGGUAGACAUACUGUGCCUUGUAUGCCACCUGCAAAGCAGAAGGUUCUAAAAAGUACUGAGGAGCAAGAGCUGGAGAAGAGUAUGAAAAUGCAGCAAGAGGUGGUGGAGAUGCGGAAAAAGAAUGAAGAAUUCAAGAAACUUGCUCUGGCUGGAAUAGGGCAACCUGUGAAGAAAUCAGUGAGCCAGGUCACCAAAUCAGUUGACUUCCACUUCCGCACAGAUGAGCGAAUCAAACAACAUCCUAAGAACCAGGAGGAAUAUAAGGAAGUGAACUUUACAUCUGAACUACGAAAGCAUCCUUCAUCUCCUGCCCGAGUGACUAAGGGAUGUACCAUUGUUAAGCCUUUCAACCUGUCCCAAGGAAAGAAAAGAACAUUUGAUGAAACAGUUUCUACAUAUGUGCCCCUUGCACAGCAAGUUGAAGACUUCCAUAAACGAACCCCUAACAGAUAUCAUUUGAGGAGCAAGAAGGAUGAUAUUAACCUGUUACCCUCCAAAUCUUCUGUGACCAAGAUUUGCAGAGACCCACAGACUCCUGUACUGCAAACCAAACACCGUGCACGGCCUGUGACCUGCAAAAGUACAGCAGAGCUGGAGGCUGAGGAGCUCGAGAAAUUGCAACAAUACAAAUUCAAAGCACGUGAACUUGAUCCCAGAAUACUUGAAGGUGGGCCCAUCUUGCCCAAGAAACCACCUGUGAAACCACCCACCGAGCCUAUUGGCUUUGAUUUGGAAAUUGAGAAAAGAAUCCAGGAGCGAGAAUCAAAGAAGAAAUCAGAGGAUGAACACUUUGAAUUUCAUUCCAGACCUUGCCCUACUAAGAUUUUGGAAGAUGUUGUGGGUGUUCCUGAAAAGAAGGUACUUCCAAUCACCGUCCCCAAGUCACCAGCCUUUGCAUUGAAGAACAGAAUUCGAAUGCCCACCAAAGAAGAUGAGGAAGAGGACGAACCGGUAGUGAUAAAAGCUCAACCUGUGCCACAUUAUGGGGUGCCUUUUAAGCCCCAAAUCCCAGAGGCAAGAACUGUGGAAAUAUGCCCUUUCUCCUUUGAUUCUCGAGACAAAGAACGUCAGUUACAGAAGGAGAAGAAAAUAAAAGAACUGCAGAAAGGGGAGGUGCCCAAGUUCAAGGCACUUCCCUUGCCUCAUUUUGACACCAUUAACCUGCCAGAGAAGAAGGUAAAGAAUGUGACCCAGAUUGAACCUUUCUGCUUGGAGACUGACAGAAGAGGUGCUCUGAAGGCACAGACUUGGAAGCACCAGCUGGAAGAAGAACUGAGACAGCAGAAAGAAGCAGCUUGCUUCAAGGCUCGUCCAAACACCGUCAUCUCUCAGGAGCCCUUUGUUCCCAAGAAAGAGAAGAAAUCAGUUGCUGAGGGCCUUUCUGGUUCUCUAGUUCAGGAACCUUUUCAGCUGGCUACUGAGAAGAGAGCCAAAGAGCGGCAGGAGCUGGAGAAGAGAAUGGCUGAGGUAGAAGCCCAGAAAGCCCAGCAGUUGGAGGAGGCCAGACUACAGGAGGAAGAGCAGAAAAAGGAGGAGCUGGCCAGGCUACGGAGAGAACUGGUGCAUAAGGCAAAUCCAAUACGCAAGUACCAGGGUCUGGAGAUAAAGUCAAGUGACCAGCCUCUGACUGUGCCUGUAUCUCCCAAAUUCUCCACUCGAUUCCACUGCUAAACUCAGCUGUGAGCUGCGGAUACCGCCCGGCAAUGGGACCUGCUCUUAACCUCAAACCUAGGACCGUCUUGCUUUGUCAUUGGGCAUGGAGAGAACCCAUUUCUCCAGACUUUUACCUACCCGUGCCUGAGAAAGCAUACUUGACAACUGUGGACUCCAGUUUUGUUGAGAAUUGUUUUCUUACAUUACUAAGGCUAAUAAUGAGAUGUAACUCAUGAAUGUCUCGAUUAGACUCCAUGUAGUUACUUCCUUUAAACCAUCAGCCGGCCUUUUAUAUGGGUCUUCACUCUGACUAGAAUUUAGUCUCUGUGUCAGCACAGUGUAAUCUCUAUUGCUAUUGCCCCUUACCACUCUCACCCUCUCCCCACUUUUUUUUAAAAUUUUAACCAGAAAAUAAAGAUAGUUAAAUCCUAAGAUAGAGAUUAAGUCAUGGUUUAAAUGAGGAACAAUCAGUAAAUCAGAUUCUGUCCUCUUCUCUGCAUACAGUGAAUUUAUAGUUAAGGAUCCCUUUGCUGUGAGGGUAGAAAACCUCACCAACUGCAGCAGUGAGGAAGAAGACUGCAUGGAUUCAUGGGGAGCCUCACAGCAGCCACGCAGCAGGCUCUGGGUGGGGCUGCCGUUAAGGCACGUUCUUUCCUUACUGGUGCUGAUAACAACAGGGAACAGUGCAGUGUGCAUUUUAAGACCUGGCCUGGAAUAAAUACGUUUUGUCUUUCCCUC